GAGAACCCUUAGGUGGCUCUUACCUAUUGAUGCUAUCACCCGGGCGGUGGGAGAUAACAUUGGAAUUGUCACAUCAAAUGGAUUACAAAGCACCUCAUCAUAAUGUUAUCAGAUCACUGCGUCAGAGAGCAAUAUUCUGGUGUAAAACGAAAUAAAGAUUGAAAAGUUUUAACUGCAUAAUGUAAGCACUUUUCGAAAGAUCGACGAUAACGACAAAUUGAAGUAUUUUGAUGUACUUCGAACUAAAACAUUUCGUACAGGUGCGUCAAGUAUUUGAUUUCCCAAGAUCAGAUUUCAGAAUUAAUCAUUUUAAUACGUUUGGCGCCUUUGCGAUCUGACGUUUGCAGUGAACAAAGCACUCACACAAACUCGUCUCUGAGAAUCGGUCAAUUUCCCACCAGCUUGUAGAUACCUACAACGGCGACAAAGACAUUGAUGACACCUAAAGUAACAUGUAAUAACUCUUCCCCAGUGCAGUCACGAUUAUUUGGCUACUACCGUAAAAGCCGGAAUUUUCAGAAAACAAAAUCCGACAGAGUUUUAAUGCAAAACUCUGUCCUUCACACUUAGAAGGUAAGUUUAAUUUUCAGUUGAAAAUGUUAUUGUAAUAAGGUCUCAAACUCCUAGUAGUUUUGAUACACCAAAUAUAAACGUCUAUCGAGGCCAAUACAACGAGUAAGGCAGAAAAUCGCUGAAGAGAUUUUGUAAAAUUCCUAACGCAUGGAAUUUGCUUAGCUUGGUCUUUAGGAAAGGAAACUACACAAACUGUUUAAUUUUUGUUAAUAUUGUUGGGAUCUUGAUGUCGACAGUUCAAUAUAACAGUUGAACGUUAACGUUUUUUUCGGUGAGACUUCCUAAGAGAUGAUUGAGAUCAGCCGAAUGAAAUUUUUAGGGUGAGUAUGAAGGCGAGAUCCACCUGUAUGGUUGUAAAAGCGGGCGAACAUAUAAUGAAUCUAUACGAGUUUCAACAACUUGUUUGGUUCAAUGUAGGUCGAUAUGCAGGAGGGAAACUGAUUAGUUUACAUCAGUCUUGGUGAAUGGCAUUCUCUAAAUUGGGGUUAAACUGGACAAGGAUUAUCAUUUCAGUGCUACCAAGGUUUCCUGAACAGAGCAUUUUCGUCGCUUUCUAAAACUUGAAAUAUUCUACACAGUGCAACAUUUCAUAAAGAUCCACCCAGGAGACCCUUAGCGCCAGCCAGUGUUCGUACAACUUGCACUUACAAAGACAAAUGAGACUAACUCCAUUUCAAUUUUUAUAAUCUCUCAAAUAAACAAUUACUUUUUAUCUUCCUGUUUACUUUAAAUCUCGUUUUUAGGAAAACGUUUUUCUUUCCUUAGCUUAUCUAUGAGAAAGUAUCGGCGAAAAAGGAAUGACGUAACCUUCGUGAAUCUUAAUGAACCUAUAAUUCUGAUAGCUCUUUACCCACAAAGCAAUGCCAGUUGGGAUGAUAAAGGUAACUUUCAACUUCAAGCCCCAUAAACUCUGUUUGCUGUUAAGUCCAAGUGUGAGGUCAAGAUGGCUGGAUAUUGGACGAGUUCUUUUUUUAUGUUUUUAUGGACCGAGACGAAGAUUUCACUUCAUAAGAAUCGAAAAUGACUUGUCUAUUUUAAACUAUAAUAAACUCUCGAAAAUUGUUUAUUUUUUCUUUGUUUUGGUUAUCUUCUGCCUUUUCUUUACGUCUCCAUUGCCGUUAUUGUCCAAAAACUAAGAACUUUGCAAAUCUGCUCCACGCCUUUCUUUUUCUUGCGUGGGAUUAAAGAGGACAAUCUCGAGAAGGCUAAAUAAGCCCAUCUUGCACGCUCGGGUAGCCAAUCAGAAAACAGGAUUCGCCUCAUAUUGCUUACGGUACUGCCAGCUAUAUGUUAAUUGACAAUAUAACAUGCACCUACGUAUAUUCUAAUCAUUCAACUAUCCACAUUACAGGGAACAGCUCGUAAAAAGUGUUUUCUUGCAAUUCAAACUGCGAUAUCAGGCCAUGAAUGAAACACAAGCUUCAAACUCAAGCCAUGAAGUUACUACUGACCAUCGCAAAGUUUCCUUGAUUGUGGCGAAUGUGUUCUUGGUUAUAAUAAUAAUUUUCGCCGUAUUUGGUAACAUUCUUGUUUGUCUGGCUUGUAUCUUGUCUAAACGGCUUCAAAGUUUCACUAGUGCCUUCAUAAUCAGUUUGGCGGUCACUGAUAUUUUAGUUGGCGCUAUAUCUAUGCCCGUUUGGCUUUCUGUUAACCUGACUGGCAAACCAGACGCCGUAAAGUUCCCUACAUUCUACACGGUUUGGCUGUGUUUUGACAUCAUCUGCGGAACGGCAUCUAUCAUGAACCUUGUCUUUAUAAGUAUCGACCGCUUUCUAGCUGUCAAUCAUCCUCUUCGUUAUCCAACCAUAGUCACACGACUCCGAAUCACAAUCGGAAUAACUUUCAUAUGGAUUUAUUCUGUAACAAUUGCAGCUAUACAACCAAUCAAAUGGCCUAGCUACCCGUUAUUCGUUUCUCUGGCUUCUUUCUUCGUUCCUCUGUUGGGCAUGGUACUCGCUUAUUCUCGUAUAUUCCAAGUCGCCUUAAUACACAUUCGUAGCAUUCGUCGUGUGCACCCGAACCAAUCGAUACUUCGACGGCCAACAGCGGAAACAUUCCAUCGUGACAUCAAGGCUGCGCGAACACUCAGCAUUGUAAUUGGUGUUUUUAUUGUAUGCUGGUGUCCGUUUUUCGUGGCUAAUUUGAUCUCCAGGUACUGUAAGUUAUGCGAAGUUCCCAAUGAAGUUUAUUCCAUGAUUAAGUGGUUACACUACGGUAAUUCGGCUCUAAACCCGCUUAUAUACAGCUGUUUGAACGCAAACUUCAGGGCGGCCUUCAAAGAUGUGUUAAGGAGAAUCAGUCUGAAUAGAAGAAUGAUGCAGACUGAUAGCUUUACCAAAAGGAAUGUGACAACUACUACCAACAGCGGACAAGAUAUGCAUUACAGGCUUUCUUUACCAAGUGAACAGCUUCAUGGCGUUAACUGAUGAAGUUUACUGGCCUGCAGAGUAGCGAAGGCUCCCGAUAACAUAUUCACUGAAUGUGCGAUAAAACAGAAAACUUCUAGUGAUGAGCGUGUUUCAUAGACAGCAAAGAAGAUAGCGAAGAGGACGACAGAAACAUUCACCCUUCCUUUACUACAUUAACACAGCGUCAAGUGUCAGGCAUGCGCACGGGGAUCGAUUUUGUCUGGCCGGAAGCGCGCCAUUUUCUCGCGCAAAAUUUCAAAAGGAAAACGUAGGUCAAGCCGCCGUCAUACAAAAUAUGCGAAAAAAAUUUAAACGUUAAUAUUACUCUAUAAACCCUAACUCUUAAGCUAAUGCAGGUCUGAGAAUCUAGAUUUACAUCAAACAAUAUCCACUUGUUGAUGUAUUCUUCCUUUUCAUCACCACUCUUGUUGAUGAUGCAUUGAUUUUGUAAGGAUAAAUCACUCCUGGUAGCGAAAGGUUUUAAUAAAGUAAUCUAGAGUAUUUAGACAACAUUUCAGCGUAAAAUGAUUAAUUUAAUUGAGUUACCAUAGUAUUUUGAAACCAUUUCAGCGUCAGGAUUAAUAGCUUCUAAAUGGAUUACAGCCUUAAAAUAAUUAAUGUCUGGGUGAUAAAAACACCAUAGACGUUUGAGUGAAUAAAAAAUUAAUAGCAAGUUUAUGGAUGAACAAGAUUGACACAGGCUACAAACGAGGAACUUGGAAAUUUACCCUGACUUUUUUAGAAUGAAGAACUCAUUCAACAGAGUUUCCUUUGGUUUCUGUAACUUCUGUCAAAACUUAUUCGGGUCACAAAUUUUCUUUUAUUCCGCGAUAAUAAUACCGUUAAGGACGAACUAAUGUAAGUUGCAUGUCUUGGAGA